UGCAACUAUCAGCAGUCACAACCUGCAUAUGAAAAUUCAUAGCGGUUUACAGUUUAGUUGUGAUGUAUGUUCAAAGACUUUUAAUAGAAAAAGCACUUUAAUAAGACAUCAACUGUUACAUAACAACCCUAAGCCAUUACAAUUAAAUGAACGAAAUGUUAUAAAACCUACAAUUAUUGAACCGAUGAAAAGCGUUACAAUACCUUAUUGGGAACCUUCGACUUCUGCACAUGUAAAUAAAGGUAAGAAAAAUUUACGUAUUAUUUAACGUGCUAAAUAUUAUAACUCUCCUAAACGUCGUAAUUGAUUAUUUUAGAUUCUAUGCGAAGCUGAGAAGGUAUUAAUUUUACUAUGAUGUGUUUUUUUAUUUAUUUUUAUUUUUUUGUGUCUGUAUACGCUCAAUCUCAGCUCUCACUGAACCGAUUUAAAUGAAUAAUAUGUCACAUGAUCACAAAUCGUAUCUAGUUGAAGACAUUACCCUCAGAAAUUGAAAAAAAUUCCCUCGUUCCCCGUAAAUGGGGGAAAUCCCCCAAAAAAUUACAAAUUUAAAAAUCGCUAAUUUUCGACAUUUUUUCAUUUUUUUUUUACUUAAAAUUGCUAUAACUUUUUUAAAAAUGACCGAAUCAAUAUAAUUUUUUUUUUUAUAGAUACCUUAGAUAUUUAUCUAUUAUUUUCUAUAUUUUUGUGAACAUUUGACCCUUUACAAGCCAACAGCGGUUACCUAGAGAUAGGUUUAAAUGGAGCGAAAAGAAUUUAAGUGUUCCAACAGUCUUAAAACUCCUAGAAAAAACAUCGGAUGAUUCAAGUACAGGAUUUAUAUUGGAAGUUGAUGUUUCAUAUCCAACUCAUUUUCAUGAUAAUCAUAAUGAUUUACCAUAUUUACCUGCUAAAAAAAUACCAAUAGGCUCGAAAUUUCCCAAACUUUUGGCCACAUUGGAUAAUAAAAAAAAUAUAUAGUACACUACAAUUCUUUAAAGCAAGCGUUACAGGCUGGAUUGGUUUUAGAAAAAGUGCACCGUAUGAUUGAAUUUAAUCAAUCACCUUGGCUCGCAAGUUACAUUUUUUUGAAUACAAGGAUGAGAUUGAUUGCGAAAAAUACUUUUGAAAAAGAUUUUUACAAACUUAUGAACAAUUCAGUGUUUGGUAAAACGAUGGAGAACGUUCGCCUAAGAUUAAAAAUGGAGCUUAUGAGCAGCGAGGCAAGGUACAGAAAACUCGUUAAUUUACCCAACCAUAAAGGCACAACCAUAUAUGGUGACAACCUGUGUGCUGUACAUUUGCAUAAAGAUGAUUUAGUUUUUGAUAAACCCAUGUACAUAGGAUUCGCCGUUUUAGACAUAUCCAAAACUCUAAUGUACGAUUUUCACUACGGCACCAUGAAAGCAUUAUAUGGAGAAAACAUUGAACUCCUAUACAUGGACACGGAUUCGUUGAUAUACUUGGUGAAAACAAAAAAAUUCUAUGAGAACAUGGAACGCAAUCAAGGUUUUUUUGAAAAACUUGAUACUUCAAACUAUCAUGUUAACCAUCCAUGUUACCGCACAGAGCGUUGCAAGAUUCCCGGCACUUUUACUGACGAGACCGGCGGAGAGUUUAUUUCAGCGCAUGUUGCGCUAAGAUCUAAAGCAUAUGGUUUUAUUCAAAAUAUUAAAGAGAUUAUCAAAGCCAAAGGAGUGGCCUAUCAUGCCGUAAAAAUCAUAUAAUAUUUGAAAAUUAUAAGGAGUGCCUUUUUCAAGGAAUAAUAGAUUUACCCGAAGAUUAUACUCCUUAUAGAGAAAUGCGAUCCUUUAAAUCGUACAAACAUCAAAUUAAGUCUAUUGGUAGCACAAAGCAAGCGUUAAAUAGGCACGACGAUAAGAGGGUUGUGUUAAAGAAUCAGAUUUAUACCUUAGCACAUGGGCACUACAAAAUUUAGGGUUUGAGACAGCAAGGCGGAUUGGCAAACUUUUGUAUUUAAUCAUACUUUGUAUCUAUGUAAAAUAUUUGUAUUAUA